UCUAAUUUUAAAAACCCUUUCCAUAUCAUACGUCUGUUGUGCAGCUUGUACGUCUCCAACAAACUUUUCCGGCGACGGUUACCGCCGCUGUUCAUCUCUUCCGGCGAUCCGCUUUACAUUCCCGAAAUGCUGACGUCACCAACAACCAUUGAUGACCUCAGCAUAGACCUUCUUGGAAACAUAGUUUCCAGACUUCACUCGGUUGAUUUCGCCUCUGCCGAUUGCGUUAGCCGCUCCUGGAACCGUGCUUGCUGCCGUGUCCUUUGUCGCCCGAAGCUCUCCUCCGCCUGCUCCUUAAGUUCUGACCUCCAGGUUGCUGUAGAAGGCGUGGUGAAUAAAGUACUAUCGGAGCUAAUCCGUCCACAUUUUGCCAUUGUUUCUGUUGGUCUUUGUGUCGAUUUGCCAGAGGCUCGCCGACUGAUUACUGCAAGAUUAAGCUCUAAAAUUCCUAUUGUUCUCUCUGACUCCUUUGGAGUUAUCGGAAGGGAUGUGAAUUCUGAUGAAUUCGUAGAGACUCGGUGGAGAAUGUGGAAUGACCCUGGGAGCGGAAUCAUGUUAACAAUUGGAUUUCUACCAGGGGUCAAAGUAAAUUUAAUCUCACUUUCACAACGAAUUGGGGAGGACCCCUUCGAGAUUGACAAAUUUAUAACAGAUAUUUGGGAGUUCUCGGCUUCUAAAUCAGGACGUCAAUCCCCUGCUGCCAUAAUGAUUUUCAGUCGAUCUCAACAAUGCAUGAAUGUUGUGGAAAAAUUAGAUUAUGCCAUGUCACCGGAGACUGUUAUUGUUGGUGGUGGUUGCUGUUCUCUCCAAUAUGCUAGUGGAAGCUCAAGGAACACUGCUGCUCUUGCCUUGGUAUUUGCUGAGGACAUGAACAAACCUCCAGGUGUUGGAGAAACUCAAUUUCAUACUGUAUUAUCAAGUGCACUGCUACCUGUAGGCCCCACAUGCCAAGUGACAUCUAUUAAAGAGAUAACUACUCUUAAGGCUAGGCUCACUGCAAGAAGAGAAGGCUCAUACGAGAAUCUUGAUGUUUUGGCAUUAUUGAAUCAAGUUAAUGAGGAACUAGGACGCUGGGUCGACACUGAGGAUUUCUUCAUUGGGGUAACGAGAAGAAGAGAAUGCUCCAUUGGUCCGGAAAAAGUCGAAUGGGUGACUUCUCUUGUAUUCCACCACGUUCUAGAGGGUGAUGAAGAGAGUCUGAUUGUUGAUGGUAGUGGCAUCAAAAGCGGCGAUACAUUUCGUUUAUACUGCCCAGAUCCUACGACUGCUAUAUCUUCUACUGCCAAUGCCUCUGCCUAUAUCAGAUCUUUCAAACAAGGGAGCACCACUGGCGGUGAUAAGAGGGAGGUGUUUGGCGGUUAUAUUUUCAGUUCUUGGCGUCGGGGUAUGCCAUUCUUUGUCCAACCAGACUUUGACAGCUCACCGCUUCGGGACAACUUUCCUGGCGUGACACUUGGCGGGAUGUUCUCUGUCCUGGAAAUUGGGCGUGACGAUUCAACUCUCUAUGCUAAAGAAUCUCAAGAACAAAAUUCUGCGGGUUGUUGUGUGCAUGAGUGCGGUGUUGUCUAUUUGAUCAUGUCUUACACUCCAUAGAAAAAGAAGUAUGCUACUUUUGUGUUGGGACUUUGGUGUCUAUUGCUCGAGUUUAAUAGAUUUUGGAUGUGGGAUUGAACAAAGCUUCAAACAUUGUCCGUGUUUCAGUGUUUC